AUGGCCAACUCCGGCUACACGUCGCCCUUUCCAACCUCCCACGACACCAUCGGACACUCUACUUUGGCUACACCUAUGUUCAUGUCUUCACCUCCACCUCGCCAUCAAUCCAGCCCAUCUCCCCCAAGUCCCGUCUCCGAGCGUUUCGAGCCGGAACAUGAAUAUGACGACCAUAACGAUGACUACGAGCACGAUUUAGAAAACGAGGAUAAUUUACAUCGUCUUUCCCACCAUUCAACGCCAGCUAGUCCGACUGGAUCGGAUUUAGAUGCGCGCCUCGCCGAGUAUACCUUGGACUUCGGUCAAUUCCCCAGCGGCCAGUUCGGCGAUGGAGAGGAGAUACCGCUACCGGAUUUGAGAAACGAUGACGAUGAGAGACUCUCUGAUGUGGGCGGUCCGGAGGAUUUUACAGCAAAUAUGGAGAAAUAUUUAAUGGGCGAAGCCAUGUCCAGUGCGCGCAAGUCUCGUGCAAACGAGACCAGCGCGGACGCAGGAUCUGUAUUGCGAUCCUCUUUGAGAUCAAGACAGCCAGCCGUUGAAGAGGAGCCGGACUUGGGAGAAUACAGUGAAUUCGAGCCACCAGUGGAUAUGUCUACUCCGUCGCACGUUUUACACAGGACUAGCACACUGGCCAAAGAUUCGACUCGCCUUGAUGGUAUUGACGAGGAGGACUCCAAUGAUGGACUACCAAGCCCCGGCCGAUCAUCACGGAAGUUGUCUAAUGCCUCAAGAGAUGACAUGUUAGAUCGGGAAGAGCGGUUGCAAGAACGCAUUGCACAGCUAGAAGAGGAAGCCCAUGAUCGCGAUGACCAGCUUCUCAAGAACCGCAACCGUUUGUUGGAGGCGGCUUCUGCUGGUGAGCAAAUCAGACAUCUUCAGACGGAGCUCCAGCGCAAAAAUGAUCAGAUUGAAGAAAUGAGGGCCAACGAGGCCGAGUUGGCAACACUUCGUGAGCGGGUUCUGUCACUCCAAAGGGAGGCUACUGAGCGUGAAAAGCUCCAACAGGCUGUCCCCCAAGCUCCGGACUUUGGACCUAUUCAACAGCAGAUUCGUGACAUGCAACAGCAACUUCAAAGCCAGGACUCGCAUAGCUCGUUGGACGUGGAGCGACUGGAGACAAUCACUCACCUGCGGCAACAACUCCAUCUUACCCAAGAGCAAGUAAAGCAACGCGACGCAAGCUUGGAGGAGACGCUUGCAAGACUGAGAGAAGUUACCAACGCCAAGGAGUUACAGCUUCAAGAGAAGAAUGCUGAGAUCGACCACUUCAAGGCCGUUCUUGAUGACCAGGCUUUGGAGAACGAAAGACUGGAUACCGAAUUAAAUCGCGCGAAUGCUGAUUAUGAAGCUCUCGAGGAUCGACUCACCGAUCUUGAAAUUAAGAAUCAACCUUUAGAGGAGAGGAAUCAAUCUCUUGAGGCCGAUCUUACUCGGGUCCAGUCCCAGGUAGAAGCACAAGAAACCGCCUUGAAAGCCGUGGCCGCGGACCUUCCUAUGAGCAGUCGCAGUACCUACAGUGAAAUCCUUGACUUGAUCAAAGACUUGGGUCCUCCUGAGUCUGAACUGGAUCCCGCAUCUCCUGUGCAGCAUAAAUUCCCAGUGAAUUCAGUUGCGCACAAUCUGGGCGACGAUAAUCUGAGUGACGAAAUUGCCAAGUUCCAACAGGAAAUCCAGGAUGCUACGGGAGCCCAGAAGGCCGCAGAAGUUGAAGCCAACCGCCUAAGAGAACAAGCAGCUGAAACACAAACCCUGAUCAAAACUAUCGAAUCUGAGAAUCUCCGCCUUGCCACUCGAGUGGAAGAGCUGACCACGACGCUCAACAAGACACAACACGACUUGACUCGGACAAAGGAAGAGCAUGCUGUGUCUCUCGAAACUAUUGCCCGUCUACAAGAGGAUGCUCUUCGCCAGCCUCCUAGUCCACCUCCAUCCCCACCCAGGUCUCACGGCAUUAUCACCGAGCAAGAAAACGCCUCCCAGAUUGCUGCCUUGGAAGAAUCCCAUCAAGCACAAAUCAAAAAUCUCCAGACGGUCCACUCUACUGCAGUUUCAACUCUCCGCUCAUCGCACGCCGAGUCCAUGCGCAAGAACUGCAAUCUUCUCGCGGCUGCAGAACAACGCGAAGCUAGUCUUCGUGUCGAUCUCACUACCUUACGCGCGUCAGUAUCUGGUCAAGAAUCUCAGUUGCGCAAGUCCUUCAAAUCGGAAGUCCGGCGUCUAGAAGCCGUCAUCGCGGCUAAGGAUGAAACCGCCGUUGCUGUUGAUCAGCGCAUUGCCUUGUCGGUUGACAAGCGAGAACGAGAGUGGGAGCGCCGGGUGGACCUUCUUCUCAAGGAGCGUGACCGCAUGGCUAAAGCAUUGAUGAUGUACUGGGGUGAGAAAGAGCUGGGUCCUGGGCCCGGUGUUUUGACUGAAGGGAAGGGAAACCGUCGUCGUGACGCAGAAAAGGAGCCGAAGCAAGGUCAAGCGUACCGUUACAAGUACACGAAGACGAGGGCUAGGAGUCAGGAGAGGAAGGCUUAA